AUGCUUUCGUGCAUUGGCUAUUCUGUGGGCCUCGGGAAUCUGUGGCGGUUUCCGUACUUGUGUUUGAAUAAUGGGGGUGGUGCAUUUCUAGUGCCUUAUUUGCUUUAUUUGGGGAUUUGUGGCAUGUCCCUGUUCUUCAUGGAGACCGCAAUCGGUCAAUCCACAGGCUUGAGCACCAUACGCAUAUUCAACAUGAUUCCGUUUUUCAAAGGUCUUGGUUGGUGCAUGGUUUUCGCGUCUGCCAUCGUCUCGAUCUAUUACAACCUUAUUAUCGCAUACACAUUGUACUACCUCGGCAUGUCCUUCAAUUGGGUCCUGCCUUGGAGUAACUGUGAUAACAGUUGGAACACUGACCAGUGCCUUACCGACCAAACUACUCGCAACGCAUCGAACACAUUUGAUGCCUUUGUAUAUCCAAAGGAAACGUCAAUUUCAAAUCUUACGAGACGAAGCUCCGCAGAAGAAUUUUGGCUGUUCAAUGUUCUAGAGUUGAGUCCGGAUAUCGAGACCCUUGGUGGCAUUCAGUGGAAACUAUUUGGCGCACUGGUGGGUUCUUGGGUUAUCACCUUUGCGUGCAUGUGUAGAGGGAUACGAUCAGCUGGGAAGAAUGUCAUCAAGUCCCAAGCUGCUAAAAUAUGUGGUCGUAAUUUUGCAGUUUUUCAACUUCGUAUCACAAAUUUCUCUGGCAUCAUCUCAAACUCUGAAAUUAAUGAAAAUCUCAGUAGCAUGUUCUGGCAUCCCAUUACUAUCAGAUAG